AUGAAAAUUGGCACCAGCAUGAACAUGGGCACCUUGCAAGCGAGACCUCUCUACCUCGGUCGUCGCCUGCUGGGCGAAGGAGGUUUCGGCAAAGUCUACGAAGUAGAGCGAGCUUCGGACAAGAAGCUUUUCGCUCUGAAGAUCGUCACGGUCAGCACCAACGCCGAGCAACGAAAGCUUGCUGCUCAAGAAGCAGCACUACACUCGAAAUUGGCGCACCGCAACGUCAUCGCUUUACUCGAGCAUUGGGAAUUCGAACGUUCAUUGCAUCUUCUUAUGGACCUGGGGACUUAUGGGGACCUAGAAAUGUUUUUGGCUCAGAGAAACAAGACCACGUAA